CAGCAGAUGGACUGGAUUCCACGUCCCCACUGCUGUCCAUCAACGUGGCACAACAAGCCCCGCCCAUUGUCUUGACGACUUCCGGCAACAACUCCCUCCCCCUCAGGCGACAAAUUCCGGCGGAAAGGCAGAGCUAUGUGUUGUAGUACAGAUCCUGGAGCAGAGACUGUCAGACUGCAUCACUCUAUUCAUUAGUGGUAGAACAGAAAGUAGAAGAUAGGGGUUGAGUGGGGUAAGAUGAGCCAGUGUGUAAGUUGAGACACCCUUGUAUCUAGGCAACUAUGUGUUGUUUUGUCAUGUGACCAAACAUUCUGAAGGUGCACGUCAUAUCCAGCUGUCUGUAAAUGAGAAAAACACAAAGGAAAAGUAAGUUUGUAUUACUUAAAAAGUUUUUUUUCCAUGUCAAAGCAUAUUUAUUCAACUUAUGUUGUUGUCAAACAUCAUAGGAAAGCUAUCAUGCCACGAAACUAUAUUCGAAAAACUGACUGGGGCUCAGUAACCUACGAGGAGCUGGAGAAAGCGUUCGUUGAAGUCAAGCGUGGGAAAUCUAUCAGAACAGUGGCGAAGGAAAGGAAGAUUGGCAGGUCCACCCUGCAGAGGUACAUGAAAAAAGCUGAGGAAAAAAGAGAAAAAACAGUAGGGUACAGAGGAACAGCAGAAGCCAAGAGGAUCUUGUCCGAGGAGUUGGAGGAGGAGCUUGCAGAAAACAUCAGGAUGCUGGCUGAUCUCCACCACAGCCUUACUCCAAAGAAAUGCAGAGAAGUUGCAUUUGAAUUUGCGCAGAAGAACAACAUUCCUGUGCCCAACAACUGGGGAGAGCAGAGGUUAGCAGGUCGAGAUUGGCUCAGUAGUUUCAUAGCCCGCCACAAUCUCUACAGCCACAUAACUGAAGCAGCAUCUUUGGGAAGCCAUGGACAGAUCAUCAGUUUCAGUCUGGACAACCAAGAUGAAGUCAAGAAGGAAAUCAAAGAGGAGAGUAAUGUUCCUGUUUCGAUUCAGGAUGCUUCAGGGGAGGAGAGUGGUGAAAUUUGUGAUUCAGACCGAAACCUGUUAGAUACUGACUUAUUUCUUACAUGAUGUUACCUGUAUAUGAUGAAACUAAAUGUAAAAAAAAGGUUAAAACAUUUUGAUGCUUAAUCUUGUUUCCUGUUGGUUGAAGUAUAUCUUUAAGAAUACAAGAAUAAGUGCUGCAAAAUUACUUGAAAUUUUGAUCACAUAUUAUUAAAUUAUUAUUAUCAUACUUUUGUUUUUGCUUUUACUUAUGUAAAUAUAUUUUUCUUUAAAUAAUGCAACAAAAAUUGUCAGUUAAAGUCUUUCUGUAUCCAUAUACAGUAGUAGCCAAAAGUGAUUUCCAGUCUAGGAAAUUCGACAUACUCACCCUUUAUUAAAAUAUUAUUAAAAAAUGUGUUAAAGAUUUUGUAAGCAUA